AUGGCCUCUCCUGUGGAACAGUGUGGCGGGCACAGUGCAGUGACCAUGGCCUCCAAGCAGGACCCAGUUGCUGCUGGGCCCCAUUCAGUUCAUUUUCCAGACACUGAGAGAGCAGAAUGGCUAAAUAAGACCGUAAAACACAUGUGGCCUUUUAUUUGCCAGUUUAUAGAGAAGUUGUUUCGAGAAACCAUAGAGCCAGCUGUGCGAGGAGCAAACACCCACCUCAGCACCUUUAGUUUCACAAAAGUUGAUGUGGGUCAGCAGCCACUCAGGAUCAAUGGUGUGAAGGUGUACACUGAAAAUGUGGACAAAAGGCAAAUUAUUUUGGACCUUCAAAUUAGUUUUGUAGGAAACUGUGAGAUUGAUUUGGAGAUCAAGCGAUAUUUUUGUAGAGCUGGUGUGCAAAGUAUACAGAUUCAUGGUACAAUGCGGGUGAUCCUGGAACCGUUGAUUGGAGACAUGCCCUUAGUGGGAGCCUUGUCUAUCUUCUUCCUUAGGAAACCACUGAUAGAAAUUAAUUGGACAGGACUGACUAAUCUUCUCGAUAUCCCUGGAUUAAAUGGUCUGUCAGAUACCAUCAUUCUGGAUAUAAUAUCAAACUAUCUGGUGCUUCCCAAUCGGAUCACCGUUCCUCUUGUCAGUGAAGUUCAAAUAGCACAGUUGCGGUUUCCUAUACCAAAGGGUGUCCUAAGGAUACAUUUUAUCGAAGCUCAGGACCUUCAGGGGAAAGAUACUUACCUUAAGGGACUCGUCAAGGGAAAGUCGGACCCCUAUGGGAUUAUUCGAGUCGGCAACCAGAUCUUCCAAAGCAAAGUAAUCAAAGAGAACCUCAGUCCGAAGUGGAACGAGGUAUACGAGGCUUUAGUCUAUGAACAUCCCGGACAGGAAUUAGAGAUUGAGCUCUUUGACGAAGACCCGGACAAGGAUGACUUCUUAGGAAGUCUUAUGAUUGAUCUUAUUGAAGUUGAAAAGGAGCGCCUUUUAGAUGAAUGGUUCACCCUGGACGAGGUCCCAAGAGGAAAGCUGCACUUGAAACUGGAGUGGCUCACGUUGAUGCCAAAUGCUUCAAACCUCGAUAAGGUGCUGACAGACAUCAGGGCUGACAAAGACCAAGCCAAUGAUGGUCUUUCCUCUUCGUUGCUGAUCUUGUAUUUGGAUUCAGCAAGGAACCUUCCGAGUAUCUACGAGGGAAACUUUGGGUGUGGCUACUUAAAAGAGAGGCGAGCGUCGGGACUAGUGUUUUGUGAAAAUACUACCUCAGUCUAUAGAGCACUAUUUAGUAACCCAUUAGAAUUUAACCCUGAUGUCUUGAAGAAGUCUGCAGUUCAGAAAGCUUUAAAGUCAGGGAAGAAAAUAAACAGCAAUCCAAACCCUCUUGUCCAGAUGUCAGUUGGACACAAGGCCCAGGAGAGCAAGAUUCGGUACAAAACCAAUGAACCUGUAUGGGAAGAAAACUUCACCUUCUUCAUUCACAAUCCCAAGCGCCAGGACCUUGAAGUCGAGAUACUCCACCUUGAAAAGCCAGAAAGGUCCCCAGACCACCAACACUCAGCUCAAGUAAAGCGACCCUCUGUUUCCAAAGAAGGGAGAGAAAUAUCUGUCAGAUCUCACGCGUCCGCAUCGCCGGGCUCCGGUGAUGGCAGCACAGCCCCGUGCACACCAGUCGUCGGGGGCAGCGAUAAGCCUGGCGUGGAAGAGGGGGCCCAGCCUGUGGAGGCCAGCCCCCAAGGCCCACGCGACCUGGGCAGGAGCUCCUCCAGCCUCCAGACCAGUGCCACCUGCUCCCCCAGCCACAUCUCCGUUAAGGAGCCCACUCCAAGCAUAGCCUCAGACAUAUCCCUGCCCAUCGCCACCCAGGAGCUUCGACAGAGGCUGCGGCAGCUAGAGAAUGGGACGACACUGGGGCAGUCGCCCCUGGGGCAGAUCCAGCUGACCAUCCGACACAGCUCGCAGAGAAACAAGCUUGUGGUGGUCGUGCACUCCUGCAGAAAUCUCAUUGCCUUCUCUGAAGAUGGCUCUGACCCCUAUGUCCGCAUGUAUUUGUUACCAGACAAGAGGAGGUCAGGAAGGAGAAAAACACACGUGUCAAAGAAAACACUGAACCCCGUGUUUGACCAGAGCUUUGAUUUCAGCGUUUCAUUACCAGAAGUACAGAGGAGGACACUGGAUGUAGCAGUAAAGAACAGUGGUGGCUUCCUGUCCAAAGACAAAGGGCUUCUUGGCAAAGUGUUGGUCGGUCUGGCGUCCGAAGAACUGGCCAAGGGCUGGACCCAGUGGUACGACCUCACAGAAGAUGGCACGAGACCACACGUGGUGACGUAG